UAGGUGAGUAGCACAUGAGACUACAUUACAUUGUAUAUAGGACAGUGUACACAUGACUACAGACCGUGUUGGCAAAGGAUCCAAGAUUUUCUUUGAAUGAAGGAGAGGGGAGACAUAGCUGCAGGGAUUGUGAGGCACAUGAUCAGCGUAAACUCGUGAUGAACAGCACUGAAGAAUGAAGCCUAGAAGUCAGGCUAAAUUUCACUAGGAUUUCUCUUUUCGUGACUUGUGUGCGUGCUUUGAAGAGUCCAGCCAUGGCUUCUCCCCGGCUGGAGACUUUCUGCUGUCACAAUAGGGAUCCUGCCACUCAGCUAGUGUUAGAUUAUCAGCCAACAGUGUUUGGCUCUCUCUGCAUUGGUAGUGGGCUGGUUAGUUUCAUUCUCACUGUUAUACAACUGCUACCAAAGACAAAUCAAGGUUACAGAAAACAGGGCAGAUCCACUUUGCCUAAGCCAUCUUCAUCGAGGAUCCUUCUUCUGGUCGUGGUCUGUGACCUUCUUGGAUGCUUAGGUGUGAUACUCCGAUCAACAGUAUGGAUAUCUUCACCGUCUCUUAUAAGCAAUAUGUCAUUGAAGAACACCACAGAUGUUUGGCCUAUCGCUUUUUGUGUUGGAAGCGCAAUGUGGAUACAACUGUUCUACAGUGCAAGCUUCUGGUGGCUGUUCUGCUAUGCAGUGGAUGCUUACCUAGUGAUUAGAAGAUCAGCGGGAAUAAGCACUAUUGUUCUUUACCACAUGAUGACAUGGGGCUUGGCGAUUCUACUUUGCGUAGAAGGUGUAGCAAUGCUCUACUACCCAUCAGUAUCUAAUUGUGAGGAAGGUCUAGAACAUGCAGUUCCUCAUUAUAUUACCACCUAUGCACCUCUUCUGCUUGUCAUGGUGGCGAAUCCUAUCCUAUUUAGAAGAACGGUUUUAGCAGUUGCCACGUUAUUAAAAGGAAGACAAGGGAUCUAUACAGAGAAUGAAAGACGCCUAGGAACUGUAAUUCAGCUACGCUUUUUCAAGAUUAUGUUGGUGUUCAUGAUAUGUUGGUUGUCCAACAUUAUCAAUGAAAGCCUUUUGUUCUUUCUGGAAAUGCAGCCAGACAUAAAUGGAGAUCAACUGAAAAAUGUCAGGAAUGCAGCACUUAUCACGUGGUUCAUCAUGGGCAUACUGAAUCCAAUGCAGGGAUUCCUGUUUACUCUGGCCUUUUAUGGUUGGACUGGUUGGAACAUUAGCUUCAGGUAUCAGCAAAAGGAAAUCCCAUGGGAGCCUCUGACAAGUUCAUCUGCUGUAGAGUCUGCACGCAAUGGUAUGAUUGGGUCCUUCCUGAACUAUCCUGGCUACAUCCAGGACCCAAACAAGACUGAUAUGGGGAAUAGCGAGCAGACUGAUGAAGCACUAAGCAUGCUCUCUGAAGGUUCUGAAGCUAGCACAAUUGAAAUCCACAUAUCCAAUGAAGUGCCAGAUUUUCAUGACAUAGAGGCUGAUGAUGAAAACUGUGACAUCGAAAAGGUGGUAAAAUGACUGUUACACUCAACCAAAGGAUGCAGACCGAGAGUCAUAUUACCAUCACAUCACAUCACAGGACUCUCUCAAGAAUUGCAAUGGAAUUUAUACCCCAUUAAAAGAAUAUUUUGAGCCAUGACUAAUGG